AGAAGACGUCAUGAAAGCGUGUCACUGGAGAAUCACUUCCGUUUUCAUUGAAACUAUAACGACAAAUCAGCUACAAGGCGUUAAUUUUUCUCAGAGCACUUCGUUUGGAGGUGAGCGCUCAUCAGAAGAUGAUUGACGUUAAAGCCUGGGCGGAGUAUGUGGUGGAGUGGGCUGCCAAAGACCCCUACGGCUUCCUCACAACAGUCAUCCUGGCCUUGACCCCGCUUUUCAUCGCCAGCGCUCUGCUCUCCUGGAAACUUGCGAAGAUGAUCGAGGCCAGGGAUCGCGAGCAGAAAAGGAAGCAGAAGCGACAGGAGAACAUAGCGAAAGCCAAGAGAGCCAAAAAGGACUGAAUUGAAACGGCUAAGGGAUGCAGAGAGAUUAAUGCAUAUGUUCCUGUGUUUUAAAAACAAAAAAAAAACCCUCGUAGCUGUGCAAAACCCAGAGCAGCUCCUGCAGGGGCUUUGGGUGAAACGGGGCUUCGAGGCGGCCUUAUCGCUCACCAUGAGAGUGCACGUCAUGCGGGCUGAUUAAUUGAGAUCACUUUUGCAGAACUGCAGUGUUUUGGUUUUUUUUUUUCUGGAAAAUUCACUGCUGUAACACAAUUGCAGCACUCGGCAUUCCAAUACUUUUUUUAACGUUGACCUUUUCCAAUACCAUCCACUAAAGUUUUUAUUAUUAUUAUUAAAAAGAGCUCUUAACAGCCUGAA